AGUAAUUGGCCGUUGGUCCGUUAGACGGAACCACCAACCGAACCAUAAAAAAUAAACAGGGUAAAAAUAGCAAGACAUAGACGGCAGUGGCCGUGAUAAACACCGCUCCUCCUUAGCCAAUCAAUUCACCACCUCGUCUCCUCUCUUUCCGCCUUCCCUAGCCGGUCGGUGGCGCGGCCCCACCUUCUCGGCCUCGCCGCCCCCUCCUCCAUGGCCGCCGCCUUCGCCACCGCAGUGCCAUCGCAUCCCGGUCCUAGCAGCGUUGCUGAUCAGGACGAGCACCCAAAGCAGCCGAUGCUCCACCACCUCAGCCCGUCGCCCCAACUUUCCCUCGUCGCCCCCUCCUCACAUUACCGCCGCCGGCGACCCGCCCGCGUCGUCCGCGUCUUCCGCUCCAUCUGCCGCACCCUCCCCAUCUUCACCCCCAAGUGCAAGAUCCCCGUCGGCGCCGCCACCACCGUUGCCUGCUCCGCCGUCGCCUCCCCCCUCUCGGGCACCGAUUCGCGGAGGAACAGUCUCGUCACCGGCACCCUCUUCGGCUGCCGCAAGGGACGCGUCUCCUUCUCGAUCCAGGAGAACCCGCGGUGCCUGCCCUCCCUCGUCGUCGAGCUCUCCCUGCUGACGCACGUUCUGCUCCGGGAGAUGAGCACCGGCAUGGUCCGCAUCGCGCUGGAGUGCGAGAAGAACAGCGGCAACGCCGCUAACGACGGAAAGGCGGCGUCUUUGUCGUCGAGGGCCCUGCUGGAGGAGCCGCUGUGGACUCUGUUUUGCAACGGGAAGAGGAACGGAUACGGGGUGCGGAGGGAGCCAACGGAGGACGAUCUUGGGGUGAUGGAGACGCUGCGGGUGGUGUCGAUGGGCGCCGGAGUGCUGCCGGCGAGGGCGGAGGGGGAGGAAGAGGUGGCUUACCUCAGGGCCGGCUUCGAUCACAUCAUUGCGUCUCGUGACGCAGAGACUCUGUACAUGACGAGCCCCGACGAUGGCCCCGGUCCCGAUUUGACCAUCUUCUUCGUGAGAAUGUGACGAACUGGAUAUCGAUUCAGCUCUGGAUUGAUUUUUCUUCCAUUUCCAAUCAAGUGAUUAGGAUGUGGAUUCUAUUUUGAGAAUUAAUUACUCGCAUUAUCUUUGACAAAUGAUUUAGUUUUUCGUUUAGUCAGAUUGAUAGUCUUAAAAAUUCGUAUCUUCGUUCAGUGCAUUGUCUACUUGAAAUGUAGAUUUUAACGGAAAAAUUGAUUUUUUUUUUU